CUGGGGGGAGUUUUGAAACGGGCAUGCUUGAAAUCAGGAGGGCUACGCCGGGCUAGAAGAUAAAGCGUUUGCUGCCACCAGAAAAAAAAGGAAUUCUGCGAUUCUCAUUCAUUCAUUCCAUUCCAUCGACUGCGUCGAUAAGCUCCGGUAGCUACUUCAAUUCUUGUUGCUCUGAUCUUUGUUCGCAGGCCGAAAUUACCUCCACCACGGCUCCAGCUCGCCAUUUUUAAGCUCGCCCAAGAUGAAGUUCGCCGUCUCCGUCGUCGUCGCCACUCUGCUGUCCCUCGGCAUGGCAGCUCCAGCCCCCAAGCAGCGCGUGACCAGGGAAACCAUCGCCUCAGACCGCCAAGCUCUCCUAGAUAUCAAUGGAAAACCCGUCGACCCUAGCCUCGAGGGCGACCGUAUCCUGGACAACAGCCAAGGCUCCUGCAUCGUCGUGGAAGGACGGGCGCGUUGCGAGUUGGUGUAAUGUCUUGGAUGGUUGGUUUAAUUUUGGCUUGGAUCGGUUUGGGCGGCAUGGCUGGACCUGGUGUGCUCGCGUCAUUAUGCGAAGCACUCGGGCAUGUUCAGGCUACCUCCUAGAUACCACCUGGUACCUAGGUUUAUAUCACCACCAACAAGAACCGAAAAUCAUUCCUCAGUAUAUCUUCAGGACCGCCUCGUCCAAAC